GCGCUCCCGGGGCGGCCCCUUUUGCAGCCGCACCUGACAAGCAGGCCCCGGUGCACUAAGCAGUAGCGGCGACCCCCGCCAGAGAGACAGCCCUGGGGCCCUGUGUAGAAGCUCCUUCCCCUUGUCUCUGUGUCCGCCUGCGCCCCCAGACUCUGAGAUUAUCUUGGAAGGUCUAGGACUCCGAGAUGUUUCCCUUGAAGGAUGUCGAAAUGGGUGCCUUUACCUUCUUUGCCUCUGCUCUACCACAUGAUGUUUGUGGAAGCAACGGGCUUCCUCUCACACCAAAUUCCAUCAAAAUUUUAGGGCGCUUUCAAAUCCUUAAGACCAUCAUCCAUCCAAGACUGUGCCAAUAUGUGGAUAUUUCUAGGGGAAAACAUGAGAGACUGGUGGUAGUGGCUGAACACUGUGAAGAGAGCCUAGAAGAUUUACUCCGAGAAAGGAAACCUGUGAGCUAUUCAAAGGUUUUGUGCAUAGCAUUUGAGGUACUCCAGGGCUUGCAGUAUAUGAACAAACAUGGGAUAGUACAUCGGGCGCUGUCUCCUCAUAAUAUCCUUUUGGACCGAAAGGGACAUGUUAAAUUGGCUAAAUUUGGACUUUAUCACAUGACAGCUCAUGGUGAUGAUGUUGAUUUUCCAAUUGGGUAUCCAUCAUACUUGGCACCUGAGGUAAUUGCACAAGGAAUUUCCAAAACGACUGAUCAUAUGCCAAGUGAAAAACCAUUGCCUUCUGGCCCCAAAUCAGAUGUAUGGUCUCUAGGAAUCAUUUUAUUUGAGCUCUGUGUGGGAAGAAAAUUAUUUCAGAGCUUGGAUGUUUCUGAAAGACUAAAAUUUUUGCUUACAUUGGACUGCGUGGAUGACACUAUAAUAGUUCUGGCUGAAGAGCAUGGUUGCCUGGACAUGAUAAAGGAGCUUCCUGAAAAUGUGAUAGAUCUUUUGAAGAAAUGUCUGACCUUCCACCCUUCCAAGAGGCCAACCCCAGAUGAAUUAAUGCAGGACAAGGUGUUCAGUGAAGUGUCACCUUUAUACACCCCAUUUACAAAACCUGUCAGUUUGUUUUCAUCUUCUCUGAGAUGUGCUGACUUAACUCUGCCUGAGGAUAUCAGUCAGCUGUGUAAAGAUAUAAACAGUGAUUACCUGGCAGAAAGAUCAAUUGAGGAAGUAUAUUACCUUUGGUGUUUAGCUGGAGGUGACUUGGAGAAAGAGCUUGUCAACAAGGAAAUCAUUCGAUCCAAACCACCUAUCUGCACACUCCCCAAUUUUCUCUUUGAAGAUGGUGAAAGCUUUGGACAAGGUCGAGAUAGAAGCUCGCUAUUGGAUGAUACCACUGUGACAUUGUCAUUAUGCCAGCUAAGAAAUAGAUUAAAAGAUGUUGGUGGAGAAGCAUUUUACCCACUACUUGAAGAUGACCAGUCUAAUUUACCUCAUUCAAACAGCAGUAAUGAGUUGUCUGCUGCUGCCACGUUGCCUUUAAUCAUCCGAGAGAGGGACACAGAGUACCAGCUUAACAGAAUCAUUCUCUUUGACAGGCUGCUAAAGGGGGCUAUUCAUGCCAAGUAUGAUGCAAUUGAUAAAGAUACUCCAAUUCCUACAGAUAGACAAAUUGAAGUGGAUAUUCCUCGUUGUCAUCAGUAUGAUGAACUGUUAUCAUCCCCAGAAGGUCAUGCAAAAUUUAGGCGUGUAUUAAAAGCCUGGGUAGUAUCCCAUCCUGAUCUGGUGUAUUGGCAAGGUCUUGACUCACUUUGUGCUCCAUUCCUAUAUUUAAAUUUCAAUAAUGAAGCCUUGGCGUAUGCGUGUAUGUCUGCUUUUAUUCCCAAAUACCUGUAUAACUUCUUCUUGAAAGACAACUCACAUGUAAUACAAGAGUAUUUGACUGUGUUCUCUCAGAUGAUUGCAUUCCAUGAUCCAGAGCUAAGUAAUCAUCUCAAUGAGAUUGGAUUUAUUCCAGAUCUCUACGCCAUCCCUUGGUUUCUCACCAUGUUUACUCAUGUUUUUCCACUGCACAAAAUUUUUCAUCUCUGGGAUACCUUGCUACUUGGAAAUUCCUCUUUCCCAUUCUGUAUCGGAGUAGCAAUUCUUCAGCAACUGCGGGACCGGCUUUUGGCCAAUGGCUUUAAUGAGUGCAUUCUUCUCUUCUCUGAUUUACCAGAAAUUGACAUUGAACGUUGUGUACGAGAAUCAAUCAACCUGUUUUGUUGGACUCCUAAAAGUGCUACUUACAGACAGCAUGCUCAACUUCCAAAGCCAACUUCAGAUAACAGUGGAGUCAGAAGUUCAACACCUUAUUUCUCGGAGUGUCCAGAUACUCCAAAAACAGAUCUGUCAAGAGAAUCCAUCCCAUUAAAUGACCUAAAGUCAGAAGUUUCUCCCCGGAUUUCAGCAGAGGACCUGAUUGACUUGUGUGAGCUCACAGUGACAGGCCACUUCAAAACACCCACCAAGAAGACCAAGUCCAGUAAACCGAAGCUCCUGGUGGUUGACAUCCGGAAUAGCGAAGAUUUUAUUCGGGGUCACAUUUCAGGCAGCAUCAACAUUCCAUUCAGCACUGCAUUCACCGCAGAAGGGGAACUUACCCAGGGCCCUCACACCGCUAUGCUCCAAAGCUUCAAAGGAAAGGUCAUUGUCAUCGUGGGGAAUUCUGCCAAGUACACAGCAGAGUUUGCAGCACAUCUUGUGAAGAUGAAAUAUCCAAGAGUCUGUAUUCUAGAUGGUGGCAUUAAUAAGAUCAAGCCAACAGGCCUCCUCACCGUGCCCUCUCCUCAAAUCUGAAGAACCAGGAGGAUGACUGUCAAAAGGACAGAGAGGCAUCAGCUCCCAGCAGCGCAGCUCCUCACAGCCUUACCGCGCGAAGACAGAACUAGGCUUCGGAGUGUUACAUUUCCAUACAGUGUUGUCAUGAGACUUUUUUUUUAAUCUCAUGACCCAAAUGUUCAACUACCCAGCAACAAACUUGACUGCACAUGUGUUGUUGAAAGAAUUUUCUUAACAGUGAAAUCUGAUCAUGUAUUUUUAGCACAUUGCGACAAUAAGCCAGAAUUCAGCUGACAAGGCAGACGUAGCAUUAUCAAGAAAUCUUACUUGCACUAAAAAAAGCUGUCUUCCAUUGCACUGAACAGACAGCCCUAACAAAGGCAUUUAGAAAUAUAGAUUGAAUGUGAGCUGAAAUCAUCGUUCCAUGGUAAUGAAAAGUGAAAGGCUAUUCAUAAUGCAUUCCUUAUAAGUAAAUGCUACAUUUCUAACUCAUUUUUGGCCCAGACAAGUUGUGUGUGUGUGUGUGUGUGUGUGUGUGUGUGUGUGUGUGUUUAGAGGAAGAAGAAUUUACUCAUUGAAAAAAGUAAUAAUAGUCUUACAGAAAUGUGAAACCAUUCAAAUUAGAUAGAAUAUUUGUUCAGCUUCUGUAGCAGAGAAACCCCAAAUAAGAGUGACUUAAACAAACUAGAACUUUCUUUCCAUCUCACUUUGUCAGUCUAGGGACAGUAUGUUUUUUCAUAAUAACUAAGAACUCAGGUGUCUUACUGUUUUACCACCCCCAACACACUGUUUCCAUCUCAUGGAUCAAUAUGGCUGCUCAACUCUCACCAUCACAUCUGCAAUUCAGAAGGAAGAAAGGAAGGAAAGAAGUUUGGAGGGGAGAAAGAAGGAAGGAAGAAAAGAUGAAAGAGAAGAGAGAAUAUGCUUCUUCUCUAAGGACAAAAAAAACAGAAGUUGCACAUAUGAUUUCCAUUUACAUACCAUUGGCCAGAACUUAAAUAUAUGGCCACACCUAGCUAUAAGGAAAACUAGGAGUAUAGCCUUUGGCUGAGUGGCCAUUUACCCAGCUUAAAAGAAAAAAAAAAUCUGAUAAAAGGAGGUCACAUAUUGAAGAACAUCUAGCAGCCUCUGCCACAUUAUUCUAAAAAUUAACUACUAUACUUCACUGAAUCAUAAACAUACCACAAUUUUAUGUACCAUGAAGGAAGAAAAAUGCAGCCAAAUAAACUGUGACACAGCAUCCUAUAUAAUAAAAGCCUAAUAUGCAAAUUGCCCCCUAGACUGGGAGUUCAACCAGGGGUUGGGGCUGGCUGACCAACUGUGGGAAGGGAAGCCUUGGCUGGUAGCGGCAGUAGGCAGCCAGGUGAAGGGAGGCCCCAGCCAGCAGCCAGCAGCUGCUAGGGACCCUAGCCAUGCAUGAAUUUUGUGCACUGGGCCUCUAGUCAAUUAUAAGAUGCAUCCCCAUUUCAAAAAUGUGAAAAAUAUGCAUCUUAGCAUUAUUGAAAUAGAGUAUAUCUAUGACUAUCUUCAAUUUUAUUUUAACUAAAACAUGUUCUUUCAUCUUUAACUUAUGUUCCUCUGUAGUGUUAGGACUACCUAGGAAGAACAUUUUAAUAAGAGCCUCAAUUCAACUUUCUGGGCUAUGGUUUUAUUGUUGCUGUUUGUGUUGAGUUUUUGUAUCUAUUUUUUUUAUUGAGAUAAUUUACAUACCAUAAAAUUCACUUUUUAAAAUGUACAAUUCAGCAUUUUUUCGUAUGUUCACAAAAUUGUGUAAUCAUCAAAUUUCAGAACAUUUUCAUCACCCCAAUAAAGAAACCCUGUACCUGUUA